AUUAUUAAGCAAACCUAACUUUGUAACUUCCACACAGUUCCCCCGCUUCCAACAGAGUCAAACUUUAUUAAUUUCAAUAAAGAAAACAAUAAUAGUUAAUUAAACCAUUAAUCCUAUGUAUCGAUCUUCUCAAUUGCAAUCCAGAACAUAUCAGAGAAAAUGAACCAUAGUCAUCUUCAAUUUCCAUCUUUAGCUUUACAACGCACCCACCAUUCUAUUCCACCAGCGUAUUUUCUUUUCCUUUUUUUUAUAAAUAAACAUAUUGAAAAGCCCAUACCCUCUGACAAAUUUAUUAAUUUGGGUAUUUUGAUUACAUUCAUCAACCACCAUAUCCUUGACGGUUGCAACAGUCUUUGUAUCUUCACAGACAUAAAUAAGAACUGUGGUUAAAGGGGAAGAGAUUAAGGAGAAGCAAAUAUGGCAUCAAGAGAAGGUGAACCGUUGAGUCCAGCAGCGAAGUUGUUCCACGCGCCAUCAUUGAACUGUUAUGUGGUUGCCAUCAUGGGUUGCAAGACAAGCAUCAAUCCUCAAGUUAUCAAAGAAGGCUUAUCUCAAACUCUGCUUAAGCAUCCACGGUUCACCAGCAAGAUGAUUCAAACAUCGUUAAUAGACAAUAACAAAAAGCUGAAAACUAUAUGGACCCCAACAACAGUUGACUUAGACAACCAUAUUAUAGUUCCUGAAAUAGAUUUGAACGCAGAGUACCCAGAUAGAUUUGUUGAAGACUACAUCUCCAAUUUUACAAAAACGCCACUGGACCUAUCCAAGCCACUUUGGGAACUACACCUCCUCAACAUCAAAACCUCAGAUGCAGAAGCAAUUGGCAUAUUUCGGAUCCACCACUCCAUUGGAGAUGGUGCCUCUCUUAUAUCACUCCUCCUUGCAGCUACUCGCAAAACCUCUGACCCUGAUGCGUUACCAACGGUGCCAACUCAAAACAGAGCUAGCUCACAUAAGCGCUUUUGCUCGUUCAGGUGGUUCUUCUUUGCUGUUUGGUGGGGAAUGAUUCUGAUUUGGCACACAAUGGUGGACAUGGUGUUGUUUACUUUUACCAUUCUGUUCAUCAAAGACACCCCAACUCCCAUUAAAGGUGCGCCCGGAGUUGAGUUCAAUUCCAAGCGCUUCAUCCACCGUACGGUUAAUUUAGAUGACAUCAAGUUCGUGAAGAAUGAAAUGAAAACGACGAUCAAUGAUGUUUUGUUGGGGAUAACACAAGCUGGUCUCACUCGCUACUUGAAUCGAGCGUAUGGUAAUAAAAAGGAAAGAAAAUCAUGUGAGGAUGCAAAUAGUAAUGGUGCCAAUAAGAGAUCAAGUAUUGUCCUCAAGAAGAUUCGCCUUAGGGCAGCAAUUCUUGUUAACAUUAGACCUGUUGCUGGAAUACAGGAUCUAGCAGAUAUGAUGGCUGAAAAGUCAAAAGCCAAAUGGGGUAAUUGGAUGGGAUACAUCAUCCUCCCUUUUUCUAUUUCCUUACAUGAAGAUCCGUUGGAAUAUGUUCGCCGAGCUAAGGCGACUAUCGACCGGAAGAAGCACUCAUUGGAAGCUAUUUGCUCCUAUGCUUGCGCAAAGCUGGUACUCAAUUUAUUUGGGGUGAAGGUUGCUGCUGCCAUAACACAAAGAGCUCUCUUUAACACUACAAUGGCCUUCUCUAACGUGCCUGGUCCCACUGAAGAAAUUAGCUUCUAUGGACAUCCCCUAGCAUACAUUGCUCCUAGUGUAUACGGACACCCACACGCACUGACCCUCCAUUACCAAAGUUACGGGAACAAGAUGACCAUUUCUCUGUCAGUGGACCCACUUGUCAUUCCGGAUCCUUACCUUCUUGGUGAUGACAUAGAACGAUCACUCAAACUCAUCCAUGAUGGUGUUCAGAAAAAGAACAUUGCCAAUGUGAUCUAAUA